GACUCUUUAUGUUCACUGCGCAUGCGCCAGAUCUCUCUUUUCCGGCGGCGAGCGCAGGAACCAUGGCGGGCGAAGAAGCAAAGAAGAAGGUGCCUUCGGUGCCAGAAAGCCUUUUGAAGAAAAGGAAGGCUUUUGCUGAUAUAAAAGCCAAACGUCUGAAGAAGCUGUUGGUCCAAAAGAAGCUGCGAAAGUCAGAACGAAAACUCAUCUAUAAAAGAGCUGAGGCCUACCACAAAGAGUAUAGGCAAAUGUACCGACGUGAGAUUCGUAUGGCCCGAAUGGCCCGCAAAGCUGGCAAUUACUACGUACCUGCUGAACCCAAACUGGCAUUUGUGAUCAGGAUUAGAGGAAUUAACGGCGUUAGUCCCAAAGUUCGCAAGGUACUUCAGCUCCUUCGCCUGCGUCAGAUUUUCAAUGGGACAUUUGUGAAACUCAACAAAGCAUCCAUUAACAUGCUGAGGAUUGUUGAACCUUACAUUGCAUGGGGUUAUCCCAACCUGAAAUCUGUACACGAGCUGAUCUACAAGCGUGGUUAUGGGAAGAUCAACAAGCAGCGCAUUGCUUUGACGGAUAACGCUCUGAUCAAGAGAUGUCUGAAGAAGCAUGGUAUCAUUUGCAUGGAAGACCUGAUCCAUGAAAUCUAUACCGUUGGCAAAAAUUUCAAAGUGGCAAACAACUUCAUCUGGCCAUUCAAGCUGUCUUCUCCACGGGGUGGAAUGAAGAAGAAAACUACUCACUUUGUAGAAGGUGGUGAUGCAGGAAACAGGGAAGAUCAGAUUAAUAGACUCAUAAGGAGGAUGAAUUAAAGGGGCCCAGAAAAUGACUUCCCUACUACAUUGUUAAUAAAACAAACAAACUUCUCUGUAAA